CCUGGAUUGUAAUGUUACAACUUGUACGAGCCGUACAUUACGAUUUUCAAUUAGCAAAUUCAAAGAAGAAACAGAAACGGAACAAGAAACUCGCGCUUCGAAUUCAUUUGAAUGGGAUAUAUUGUACAAUUACUAGCCAACCAAGUUCUAGGACGGUACUUGACACAAAGUAGUAAGAACGCCCAUCUGGAAUACAGAACAUCAUCCGCACUCACAAGAAUAUACCCCGGCGCUCCUUCAAAUAGUUUAGAAACCAAAUUCUCCUAUUCUCAUUGAACGCAAAAGCCGCGGGCUAUCAUUUCAUUUACAUUCGUAGAGCAGCUGCCCAGCACCGAAGACCGCUUCGUCCAAAAUCCAAAUGCCACCUAGAAAUACCAAUAAUACGUCAAAUGACUGCAAUGUCGAAAGCAGUGUAGAUGAUUUAACUAAAGAAAUUGCGAAACUAUGGUGGCCAACAGACGACCACGAGAAGAGUGACCAUAGAAGAAAAAAUAAGGGAGAAGAAUCAUUUGUUCCCGACGAUACUAAGAGUGAUCAUACUGGAACCAACUUCAAGGAGGAAAAAGCCAUUAUGAAAGGCGCAAAAUAUCUAGGAUCUUUGGCCAUACACAAUUCUAUGGAGAAAAUUUGGGCAAAAGAAUUGUACGAAAUGGACCCAAAAGAGCGAGAACAGAUCACGAACGAGAUUCAUGGGGUCGAAAGUAGCCGAACGAURAAAGAAUCUCCCGAAAUGAUCUCCAAAAAUAUUAAAAAGAUGAGGGUUUAUAUUGACGAAACACUUGAAGAUGAACUUGACAAUGGAGAUAGUAUUGUUCCUCCCAUAACAAAGCAAGCCUACAAACGAGGUGUAUCGUUCGAACCCCCCGAAGGGAAGGAUGGAGAACAGCCAGUCCACUAUAUCCGCACCAAGUCGUUCUUGCUCAAAUUUCUGAGAGCAGCCCAUUUCGAUAUCGAGAAGGCAGCCCUACGAUACUUUCGAUGCCUUGAUUUGAUGUACAAUUUGUUUGGGAUCAUCGCUCUAAAGAGGCCAUUGAUGCUAUCCGACCUGACGAAACAGGAAUUACGGUAUCUCAAGACGGGGCAAAUGCAGUUGCUACCGAGCCGCGAUCGUGCUGGACGACGCAUAAUUGCCUAUUCUGGCUGCGAGAUGCGACAGUUUGACGUUCGUGAGAAGUACAGAGUUUKUAUGUACAUUUACGACGUUUGCUCCGAUGACGAGUCCACCCAAAAACUUGGACUUGUUCAGUUGAAUUCCCCUAAAGUCCAUCCUGGUAACAAACCAUUCGGCGAGACGGGUAUGGCAUUGCGAAUGAAAAGACAUGAAUCACUCGGGGGUCUCACCGAACGGGAAUACCACCAGAAGUUCGGCGAAGGGAUGCCGCUGCGAUUAUCAGCCAUUCACUUUACCGGUCCAGACACGUUCAUUUACCAAAUUGGGAAGUCACUGAUACUGUUUUUGAUAGCAAAGGAAGACCGAAAGAUUGUGCGUUUUCAUGGAGGAUCACAAAUCGAAUGUAAUUACAGCCUAAAGUCUUACGGAAUCCUUUCUGAUGAGGUCCCAAUCACGAACAGUGGGGAAAUCAAGACCAAGAAUAUUGCUAAAUUUAUUACCGCUCGAAGAGCAAUCGAAGAAAAACGAUGCCUCUAUCAAGAACGACAACAGGUGCAGAAAAGAAAAAGAGAAGACGAUACCACCUCAACAACUACAAUGCCACCAUCACCCGGUGUCGAAUGUCCCGAAGUGAACUGUAUAAUUCUUGGGAACGGAGCCCAAUACAAUCCUGCGAACCUCGAAUUCCGAGAUAUUCUCAAGUCAAUGGAAAUCCGACGUGAGGAGAUGAUUGCUCGGUGCGACACCGACGUUUGCUCGAUGAAAGACUUUGUAAACAGUAUCAUAGACACCGCUCAGUCGCCAGAAUAUGGCCUCCGCUUCCUCACGAUCGAUAAGGCAACAUCACUAUAUGUGGAUAUUGAAGAUCCACGGGAUCUUUACAACAGGGUGUCACAGGCGUUGCGGGACCAAAGGAAACGCCUACGGGUCCAUCGCCUCUUGCCGAGUGAAGAGAAGCCAAAGGGGCAGGAUCAUGUGGAUCAAGAAAAUAUUUUUUGUGKUGGGAAUGGAAGUUCCAUGAUAGGAUGGGAAGCAGCGAAACGAAUGGAAAGGAUGUCAGGAUACGGACCCUUUUGUCAAAUGUAAGUAAUAGACAAUAAUAUUUCUUUUAAAAAAUCGUUUACCUUGCCCAAACCUAGCUACAAAGACUUGAU